AAUCUCGAAAUCCUUUCCUUCUUCUAGAACCUCGACGGAGGUCUUCACAAAUUUCCUAUCAUGGUAUGUAAACAACCUGAAUACAAACAGUGCCUGCCACGCUGUCUACACAUAAUCGCGUCCCUCACCUCGGGGAAUAAAACCUAACAAGAGCGCUAUCACCAGGCUUCGAAAUCCAUGCGCCGCAUAGCAGCAGACGUCGGAUCACUGCACCGAGCCGGCCUCCCACCAAACUACCUCUUCCCACCUAAUGCCUCGGACGCCGACCUCACGAGCCUCGACGUCCUGCUCGCAGGACCCCCAGGAACACCCUACGCCACUGGAGUCUGGCGCCUGCACCUCGAGAUCCCGCCGACGUACCCGACAGCUCCCCCGACCGCGACAUUCCUCACCAGGCUAUGGCACCCGAACAUCGACGAGGCGACCGGCGCCGUGUGCGUCGAGACGCUCAAGCGCGACUGGAGCUCCUCGCUGAAGCUGCGCGACGUGCUCGUCACCAUCUCGUGUCUGCUGAUCCAACCGAAUCCCGCGAGCGCGCUCAACGAGGCGGCGGGCAAGCUGGCCAGCGAGGAUUGGGACGGGUUCUGCAGGCGGGCGAAGCUCAUGACGGAUAUCCACGCUGCGGUGCCGAGGGAUUUGGUGGGCGAGGUGCGGGAAGCGCAGAUGAGGGGGGAGGAUGUGGAGAUCGUGGCUGUUAAGGAGGCUGCGUCGAGCGCGGUUGCUAAGGUCCAGCAGAGCUCGGCGGAGGACGAGGAGAAUAAGAGGAGGAGAGGGGUUACGGCGGAAGUGGAGAGCGACCCUGAGAGUGACUGGAUACCUAGUUUGGGGAACGUGAAGGCAUCCGAGGGAUUCACUGCUGGUGUUGAUAGCAGAGAUAAUAUCUUUGGGAUCAAGGGACUCGAUGACCCUAUGCAGCUGGAUAGCCCCCCGAAAAGGACCGUUUCCAGUGGUGUCAAGGAAGACGUGCAACAGAAAGAGAAUGGCGAUGAUGAUUCGGAUCCCUUCAUCACGACCUCGCCAAAGCAGGAUACUCAAUUGUCGUUCGAGCUAUAUGUUCCGCGCCCAUCGUCUUCAUUCAGUAGGACGAAGUCAUCCGGCAUCUCGACCGACGACUGGGAGUCCCACGUCCGCCCAAACUCAUACCUGGCCACUCCAUCCGGCGAGCAACUCCGUUCUCUAGUCGAGGAAUUCUCAUUGCCAUGGCACGAGUCUCAGAUCUUGCACGGGAGCGGCUCAAUUAAGAACGGCACCCCCAGAGCCGAGGUCCGGAAGAGAAUGGCAGGAGAGGAGUACGAAAGUAGAAGGAGUUGGGAGAUGAAGAAGUUCAAGGGCACCGGCUACGAUCUCGCGAAGUACAAUCGUGGAGAUUUCGGUCCAAGGACUGGCAUUGGCCGUCUUUGAGACUGAAUUCGUCUGUUCCUUGCCUCUGCUCUCACUAAAUGGUUGGGGGUCUUGGGUGGCUUUGUGGUGACGUCUCGGCGUGAUGAAUCCGCCAUCUUCUGCUUUACUUUGCUUUGCUUUGCUUUUCAGCAUUGCCCGGUGUAUCGGGUGUUCAUCAUUAUUUGCCUGUGUGGCUCGGCAUGGGAGACCUCGCGGGGAAUCUGCUUCACGACGGCUACGAGAAUGCAUGGGAGGGAGUCCUUGGUAGUUCUGGUAUCAUGAUCCAGAUUUCAUAUUGCAUCAGCUCACUUUUUUCGAGCACAUUUGACCUUCUCGCUACGGCCGGUUGGUAGUUACUUCCAUUCUGGCGGCUUAGAAAGCCGCAUUAAUACACAUUAAGAGUACUGUAACAUGCACUCAACAACAUAACAGCAUUACUC